GGUUCAGCGUGGUAGCUUUGGAUUCGAGUAUACGUGUAUGUGGUACUAUUAGGUUUUCACCAACAUUCUAAGAGAAAAGUAAUAAUGUAACAAGAAUAUUAAAAUACCAACUUAUAUUAUUUUAAUUUCUGGGAGAGGGUUAUAUUUAAUAUAUCAAAUUCUAAAAUACCGUAAUCUUACUUCAAAGAAAUAAUUAUGCUCUACGACCUUCACAGCAUUUUACUUCGUUGCUCUGGCAACGUUUCAAAUAUAUUUACUCCGGGUGAGAGAAGGCUUAUUCGAGCUUUGUUCAUUAAUGAACCAACGUUAAAUAUCAAAAACUGGAAGUUUUGCAUUCAAUUUAUAGUUAUUCUUCUUUUUAUAUCAAGCGCCAAUUCACAGUCGGCUCAAGUUGAUACAAAUGCAUAUAAUAAGUCGUUGCAAUCCAUUUAUUACAAGACUUUCAACAGGAAAUUACCAGAACCAAUACUAGAUUCUUUGAAUUUAAACAUAAACCAAAUUCCUUCAUUAUCAAAAGAAAUGAAGUUUAUUACAAAAUUAAAGCAUAGAUAUAAAAGGAAUAAUACUGUCAAAGUACAAAAUGAAUCAUUAGAAAGACCUGAUGAACUUGAUAAUGGAAGAAAAGUGGUGAAUAGUACUAACACUAACACUGGUAUAAACAUCUGUGAGAAAUGGGGAACAUGUAGCCAGCUGUGUGUCUCUUUAGACAACAGUAAUGGUAGUUAUGAAUGUGGAUGUGAAAAAGGAUACCAACUUCAACAGGAUAAGUUUUCCUGUGUUAGCAUAGAUUCCAAACCUGCUGUAUUGUUAAUUACAUCUGCAGAAGGUCUGAUCAGGACAUCCUUGGAUGGAGAUGAAGAGUUAUUGACAGACCACAGCCAUCACGGUGCUUUAGAUUACUUGUACCUUAAAGAUGAAAGUCUGAUGUUUUGGAGUGAUGUAUAUGAAGACAAAAUUUAUUCUGGUUCCUUUGAUGGUUCUUCUGUGAAAAAUGUGAAACCAAUUGUUGAAGGAAAUGUAGAGUCUGUUGAAGGCAUAGCCGUGGAUUGGAUUCGAUGGCAUAUCUACUGGGUUGAAAGCCAUUACCAACAUAUUGAAUUAGCCUCUUUUGAUGGAUCAUUUAGAACCUCUUUAAUGUCAGACCUGAUCCGGCCACGUGCUAUUGCUCUGGAUCCUGAAAUAAGCUUCUUGUUUUGGACUGACUGGGAAAAAGAGAAACCAAGAAUUGAAAGAAGUGACUUAAGUGGUCAAAAUAGAAGGGUUCUUGUUGAUAUAAACUAUAUCGAGAGAGGGGGCUGGCCUAACGGCUUGACCUUGGACCGAAUUCUUCAGGUGGUGUAUUGGGUGGAUGGCAAGUCUGGCAUUCUUCAUGCUGUAAGGUAUGAUGGAAACAAUCAUCGUAUGGUGUACAAGAACGAGUUAUCCAGGCAUCCAAUGUCAUUAGCCCUCUUUGGUAAUUAUGUCUACUGGACUGAUAAAAAAGAACAUACAGUCACCCAGAUAAAUCGUUGGUCAAGAAAAGAGAUGAAAACACUGUUGUUGAAGGAGCAUAGUAUUUAUGACAUCAAAGUUUUUCAUUCUUCUUUACAGCCAGGUAUGGCAGACCCUUGUCAACUUGGUAACAAUGGCUGUUCUCACAUAUGUGUCCUGAAUUCUGGCAGGAAACCAACCUGUGUUUGCCCUUAUGGAAUGCUUUUAUCAAGUGAUGAGAAGACAUGUAAAAAGCCAGCGUAUCUACUUGUCUACUUCUGUAGUGAAAGUAAUGGUACAAAAAACAUUAUUGGUAUUAAAGAUCUAAACAUAUCAAGUACAAAGUGGCUUUAUCCACCUAUUUCAUUGGGAAACAACCAGAUAAUUCCUAAGUCAAGAAUUGCUGUUCAUCCAGGAACUGACACUAUUUUUUGGGCAGAAGGAAAUAGCCUGUGGAAACAGGAGUUUUCUGGAAAAGCAAAGAAACUGUUACAAUUAGCUCAGAGACAAAUCUUAUCUGUAACAGUUCAUUCACCUUCCCAGAAUUUGUACUUGUCAUCAAUGGUGGACGACAAGGAUGGUAAUGUCACCUAUUAUAUCUCAGUCUGUUCUGUAGAAGGGGAAUUUUUUACCGAUAUUUUUUUUGUCGAUCAUCUGUUUUUAAAACAGAUACUCGACAAAGAUCUUUUGCCACGAACCUUGCAGUGUGACAAAUUAGAAUAUGAAAUCAACACAAAGUAA